AUGCUUGGCAGCGAAGGUAUCCUAGAAUACCGACGCAAUCUGAUCAAGCAAGGAGGGCAAGGAGAAGAGCCCGUCCAUCAUUGCGAACAUUCCACGUACUUUUCACGGCGAGCCACCCAGUCCACAAGCCACACCGUCCGCAUAUAUUCAUAUUUAAGAGAUGUGUCGAGCGACCUCAAUCCAAGACCCGCGUCCCCUAUGGAUCGUAAGCUGGAAUCCCCCGUCUGUCAGAAAUUUUCGAACCUCAAUAUUAACGGCACACCCUCUGCCCCAAAGGCCACUAGCAGGGAUGCAUAUCUACAAGGUGACACCGAUGCCAGACGUCAGGCAGUCAUUGAAGACAUUGGCAAGGCGAUUCCCCAGGUGCCUGUCAGCUAUUUCAUGAAGGCACUGGUUCCCAAAGUACGCAGAGGGAUCAAUGUCGACAAGACUAUGAAAAAGCUCAAGAAAGAUGGCGAUAUUGUCGAUGGCCACUGGGCUGUUCUACCCGAUGAUCCAAAGAAGGCGUCUUUAAAGGAAGAUGAUUACUUCAAGUCGCUCGUCAAUGUCGCGCGAAAGAUUGUCUCAGCAAGCGGCGGAAAGGAGAAAGACCAGCUCCUGGAACUCGUUCAGCAGCCCAGCGAGUCACCGGAAGCCUAUACAAGGACAUCGGAAACCAGGCCCGACGGCUGUUUCGUACUGAAGGAGAGGCCAGCGCGCCUUCAGUGGAAAGACGUGGCAUUAUGUGCAGAAUACAAGAAGAGAGACCGGCAGGGCGAUAAAGAUGAUGAUGUGCUCAAGGUCCUCUGGAGCAUGCACCAAUGCAUGCGUGAGGAUGCAAGGCACCGGUUUGUCUAUGGUAUGACUAUCGAGAACAAUACCAUGAGGCUGUGGUUCUCUAGCCGUGCAGAUACCCUCGUUAGUGAAACGAUUGACUGGAGAACAGACUGCAAGGCUGUCGUGCAUUUUUUCUUAGCAAUGAUGUUCGCAAAGGAACACCAGGUCGGUUGGGAUCCUACUAUCGAGUACGUUGUGGAUCCCAAAGAUAAACACAAACUCGUUCCCGGGAAAGACGGGGCACCGUGCUUAAAUAUCUUGAUGCAAGACGACAAGAAAAGACGGACUUGGUACCGCACAUAUGGCCUCCUCUCCGAUCAUGGCGCUCAUGGCGGGCCAGGUCGAGGAACACGGGUCUGGAAAGCAAGGAAGUUGAAUAGGAAUAAACAACCAGAGGGCGACUUUGUUGCGCUGAAAGAUUCAUGGAUCGACCACGAUAGACCCAGGGAAGGAAGUAUUAUGCAAGCCGUUUUGGAUUCGGUGUCCGACCCGGAUGAGCGGGAUCUUCUCGCCGAGCUUUGCCUGACUGUGAUUGUUCACGGCGACGUUCACAUUGAAGGAGCGCGAGACGACACUCGAGAGGUCAUGAGACGUGGCUAUGAUAUUCCGGCUGAUUAUGGAAGUUUCAAGCUUCAAGGGCGCCCGAAGGAUGGCAUAUGCACGAAAACCAACAACACUGGAGCAAGCUUUCCGUCAAACUCCGGAACUGGGCACCCUCGCUCACAGAAACCGCAGAAAAAACCAGCCACUCCGAGACCUCAUUUGCAUCAUCCGCGAGUCCACUACCGUAUCGUUUUCGAGGAAGUGUGCAAGCCUAUAUAUGAUGUAACUUCGCUCAAAGACAUUUUCGCCAUUUUGAUAGACGCAUUGUCAGCUUUGAAGAUCAUGCACAAAGCUGGAUGGGUGCAUCGCGAUAUCAGUUCGGGCAAUGUGCUCGGGUUCAUCCGCAAUGGCCGAAUGGUAGGCAAGCUCGCAGAUCUCGAGUACACUAUGAAAGUCAGCGCUCCAGACAAAGGGUACCAUGAGAUCCGUACAGGAACGCAGGAAUUCAUGGCCGUCGAGGUAGAAGGCACGAAAUAUUACUUCAAUGGGACGAAGACGAAGACUGUCCUUGACACGUCGAAACUUUCAGCUCGGCAAGAACGCGACAUGCUUCAAUCAGGCGAAUUAGCUGACGAUAUUAAACCUGUGACAAACGCAGCUCUCGAAAACGCGGUGUUUCGAUACAAUCCCCUCCACGAUCUCGAAUCCCUUUGGUGGCUCGCGGCUUAUUUCAUUUUCAACAGAGCUGUCAUCCUCGUCGGCGGAAAGAUGCCGCCCAUGGGCGCCGCCGAGCUAGGAAACUACGAAGAACAACGCAUGUGUGCAGCGGAAAUGUUCUACUCAAGCCAUUACAGGCACACACUCAUGACGAGCGAGGAUACAUUUCCAGCAUGGAUCCCUCGCCUACAUGGGGCUGUCCGGCCAAUAGCAAGUACCCUGAAGCACAUGCGGGAGCAGCUAGAGGCGCGCUACAGAGAAGUGGAGUUCGACGCCACAUCCAUGGCUAUGAUCGAUCACACUGUCGCGGUUAAUGUUGCUGCUUUCUUCAUGCGUCGUUUAGGGGACGCCCUGCAAUACGCUAAGGUCGAGGAUAUCGAGGUGGGUGCCCUCGAUGUUGACCCACGGGCAGCAAUCGUCCCUCCGCCGCAUGACUAUACAGCUCGUGAGGUGCAGGUGCUUGCCUUGGUAGGCUCUCCUGUAUCGAAGGCGAUCGGAAAACGCAUCAUGAUCGAAGAAGCCUCGAAUGGUGACCAACUGGAUGACGACCUUGUGCUCAUGGGACCUAUGAACAAAGUAUGGCAGAUCCUCGUCGACUUCACGUCCUAUGCCGAAUGUUCUUCUAAGGAGCCGUUGCCC